AUGAUGCUGCCAGUGUCAAGGUUUAAAGGUCAGCCGGUUGGCAUGGUAACAACCACAGCACCCUGGCUGUUCUUCAGCAGUGACCCAGCCCCCCACUGGCUUUGGAUGGACCGCUGGUCAACAGUAUCAUACCAGGCCACGCCCCCUCAGCUAUUCUACCCCCCAGCUGUUUGGGUACCUGAUCCCACACCACUGAUACAGUGGGAACGUCAGGCUGUUGAAGUAGUUCCUCUGGUUCCUUCAUUCUAUCGCUCUUCACCUCUAUAUCCUCCUCAUCCUCUCCCCAAGGAAGUUGCCGUGUUCCAGAGGAGAGACAAACCUCUCCUAACCAAUGACAUCAGACACGUCCCUAGGACACGCCUGCUGCUGUCGUCCUCUCCACUCUCAGUUAAGAUAUCACCUGACACAGGACACAAAGUGAUGGCUCCAACAAAGAGCCUAGCGGAGACCAACGGACCGCCAGGUGUCCACAUAGAGACCAACAGAUUGUCAGGUGUCCACGUAGAGACCAACAGAUUGUCAGGUGUCUACUUAGAGACCAACAGGUUGUCACGUGUCCACUUAGAGACCAACAGAUUGUCCGGUGUCCACUUAGAGACCAACAGGUCAUCAGGUGUCCACUUGGAGACCAACAGAUUGUCCGGUGUCUACAAAGAGACCAACAGAUUGUCAGGUGUCUACGUAGAGACCAACAGAUUGUCAGGUGUCUAUGUAGAGACCAACAGGUCGUCAGGUGUCUAUGGAGAGACCAACAGAUUGUCAGGUGUCUAUGUAGAGACCAACAGGUCGUCAGGUGUCUAUGGAGAGACCAACAGAUUGUCAGGUGUCUAUGUAGAGACCAACAGGUCGUCAGGUGUCCACUUAGAGACCAACAGAUUGUCCAGUGUCCACAAAGAGACCAACAGAUUAUCAGGUGUCUAUGUAGAGACCCACAGAUUGUCAGGUGUCUAUGUAGAGACCCACAGAUUGUCAGGUGUCUACGUAGAGACCAACAGAUUGUCAGGUGUCUACAAAGACACCAACAGAUUGUCAGGUGUCCACUUGGAGACCAACAGAUUGUCCGGUGUCUACAAAGAGACCAACAGAUUGUCAGGUGUCUACGUAGAGACCAACAGAUUGUCAGGUGUCCACUUGGAGACCAACAGAUUGUCCGGUGUCUACAAUGAGAUCAACAGAUUGUCAGGUGUCCACGUAGAGACCAACAGAUUGUCAGGUGUCCACGUAGAGACCAACAGAUUGUCAGGUGUCCACGUAGAGACCAACAGAUUGUCAGGUGUCCACGUAGAGACCAACAGAUUGUCAGGUGUCCACGUAGAGAUCAACAGAUUGUCAGGUGUCCACGUAGAGACCAACAGAUUGUCAGGUGUACACCUCGUGUUACAAGAGACUCAAAAAAGACCAGAGACAAGGAGCCAGAGGACACCAGCUCCUCCUCCUCAUCCUCCUCCCUCCCUCUGCACCUCCUUGCUGUGUCUCCUCUUCACCAGCAUCUCCUCAGUGCUCCUCCUCCAACAGCUCUGCAUUGAUAGGUGGCCUGUAUUACCUUUCCAGCUGAAGGAAGUUCAUCCGUCCAUCUUCUCGUCCCCGUUUUCUUCCAGAUUCACUCUGUUGUCAAACUACAGACAGAGACACAAGAAGCGAGGGAUGAGUGGAGGUGAAGUUUCUUAUAGAGGAGCGUUACUGCUGAGAACGAGGAGAACAAAGAACGACAACAAACGGUGUGUUUCUGUGUCUUUAGGCAGAGAAGAGGAGGAAGACGAAGAGGAGGAGGGAAGUGAAGGAGGAAGAAAAGACAAACGUCCUGUCGCCUCCACACCUGUCCCAGGGUCGCCAUGGUGUGUGGUGUGGACCGGAGAUGACCAGGUCUUCUUCUUCAAUCCCACAAUUCAUCUGUCUGUCUGGGAAAGACCAGGCGAGCUGAUUGGUCGAGACAUCAGCCGCAUCAUCGCGGACCCGCCCCACAAGAGGAAGAAGACAACACCUGCUGGUCUGUCAUCCUGCUGUCCAUUACCUGGUCUCCAUGGUAACGAUGAAGAUAAAGAUGAUGAACAUGAACAAAACUCCAAAAGGAACAGAAUAGAAGAACCUCUGUCGCUUGUCCCUCGUCCAGGAGAAGUUAAACUCCUCCCCCUGGAGCUUCGGAUCGCUCAUUUUAGGGAAAUGAUGCUCGAGAGAGGGGUGUCGGCGUUCUCCACCUGGGAGAAGGAGCUCCAUAAAAUGGUGUUUGAUCCUCGAUACCUGCUGCUGACCUCAGAUCAGAGGAAACAGGUGUUUGACCAGUUUGUGAAGAGCAGGCUGAAGGACGAGUACAAAGAGAAGAAGAAUAAACUCCAGAAAGCCAGAGAAGAGUUCAAAAAGCUGCUGGAGGAGGCUAAGAUUACCAGCAGAUCGACCUUUAAGGAGUUUUGUUCUCAUUACCGUGGUGACCAGCGGUUCGACGCCCUGAACAGGAAGAAGGAACAGGAAAUACUAUUUCACCAUUACAUCACAUCCUUAAAGAAACGGGACAAGGAGAACAGAGCCAGACUGAGGAAGAUGAGAUGA